UUUCUAUUUUUCCUCAUAGGAGUUUCUAUCAGAAAGUGAAAAUGGGCAGCAUAAGUUAAAUACAAUGCUAUCUAAAGGGGAGCUACUGAGCUCGCUGCUGACCAAAGAGAAAGCAGAAGGUGUCCAGGCCAAAGUUGCAACUGCAAAAGAAGAUUGGAAAAAUUUUCAUGCAAACCUCCACCAGAAGGAGUCCGCCUUAGAGAAUCUAAAGAUCCAGAUGAAAGACUUCGAAGUGAGCGCAGAACCUGUGCAGAACUGGCUGAGUAAAACCGAGAGGCUGGUACAGGAGAGCAGCAAUCGCCUCUACGAUCUGCCCGCUAAGCGGAGAGAGCAGCAGAAGCUCCAGUCUGUCCUUGAGGAGAUACAGUGCUACGAGCCUCAGCUCCACAGGCUGAAGGAGAAAGCUCGGCAGCUGUGGGAAGGACAAGCUGCCAGCAAGAGCUUUGUGCACAGAGUGUCGCAGCUGUCUUCUCAGUAUCUAGCGCUAAGCAAUGUAACCAAGGAGAAAGUGUCCAGGCUGGACAGGAUCGUGGCCGAGCACAGCCAGUUCUCGCUGGGUGUCAAAGAGUUGCAGGAUUGGAUGAUGGACGCCGUGCACAUGCUGGAUUCGUACUGCCUCCCCACGUCGGACAAGAGUGUGCUGGAUGGCAGGAUGCUCAAGCUGGAGGCACUGUUGUCGGUCAAACAGGAGAAGGAGAUCCAGAUGAAGAUGACCUUGACCCGGGGGGAGUACGUUCUGCAGAGCACCUCUCCAGAAGGCAGUGUGGCUGUGCAGCAGCAGCUGCAGGCUCUGAAGGAGAUGUGGGAGUCCCUCUUGUCGGCAGCCAUUCGCUGUAAGAGUCAGCUGGAAGGAGCGCUCUCUAAGUGGACAAGUUACCAGGACGACGUACGGCAGUUCUCCAGCUGGAUGGACGGUGUGGAAGGCAGCCUGAACGAGUCAGAGAGACAGCACACAGAGCUGCGGGAGAAAGUGACUGCUCUCGGGAAGGCCAAGCUGCUAAACGAAGAAGUAUUGAGUCACAGCAGCCUGCUGGAGACCAUUGAAGUCAAGAGGGCAGGCAUGACCGAGCAUUACGUUACCCAGUUAGAACUGCAGGAUCUGCAGGAGCGACACCAAGCCAUCAAAGAGCGGGCCAAGGAAGCAGUAACAAAAUUAGAAAGGCUGGUUCGCCUUCACCAGGAGUACCAGAGAGACCUAAAGACAUUUGAAAAUUGGCUGGGGCAAGAACAAGAGAAGCUUGACCGAUGCUCGGCCCUUGAGGGUGACAGCCACACCCAUGAGACAGCAUUGCGGGAUCUCCAGGAACUUCAAGUGCGCUGUGCAGAGGGGCAGGCCCUGCUGAACUCGGUGCUGCACACCCGGGAGGACGUGAUCCCGUCGGGCAUCCCCCAGGCAGAAGACAGAGUGCUGGAGUCCCUCCGUCAGGACUGGCAGGUUUACCAGCACAGACUGGCCGAGACCCGGACACAGUUCAACAGCGUGGUGAACAAACUGAGGCUGAUGGAGCAGAAGUUCCAGCAAGUGGAUGAAUGGCUCAAGAGAAUGGAGGAGAAAAUCAGUGUCAGGAGCGAUUGCCAGAGUAGCCGAUCCACCAAGGAGAUACAGUUGCUGCAGAUGAAGAAGUGGCAUGAAGACCUGUCAGCACACAGAGAUGAAGUUGAGGAGGUGGGAAGCAGAGCACAGGAGAUCCUGGAGGAGAGCCAUGCAAGCAGCAGGAUGGGCAGCCAGGCCACUCAGCUGACCUCCCGCUACCAGGCCCUGCUGCUCCAAGUGUUGGAGCAAAUAAAAUUCUUAGAAGAGGAAAUCCAGAGUCUGGAGGAAACAGAAUCAUCCCUCGGUUGCUAUGCAGACUGGUAUGGCUCCACCCAUAAAAACUUCAAGAAUGUGGCUACCAAGAUAGAUAAAGUCGAUGAAGUAAUGAUGGGGAAGAAGUUGAAGACAUUGGAGGUUUUAUUAAAAGACAUGGAGAAGGGCCACAGUUUGCUGAAAUCAGCUCGAGAGAAAGGGGAGAGGGCUGUGAAGUUCCUGGAGGAAAACGAGGCUGAGGAACUGAGGAAGGAGAUCCAUGGCCACAUGGAACAGCUGAAGGACCUGACUGGCACGGUGCGGAAGGAGCACAUGAGCCUGGAGAAGGGCCUUCACCUGGCCAAAGAGUUCUCAGAUAAGUGCAAAGUGCUGACCCGAUGGAUGGCAGAGUACCAGGAAAUCCUGCACACACCUGAAGAACCCAAAAUGGAACUGUAUGAGAAAAAGGCGCAGCUAUCCAAAUACAAGUCACUACAACAAAUGGUGCUGUCCCACGAGCCAUCUGUGAACUCGGUGAGAGAGAAGGGCGAGGCGCUUCUGGAACUGGUACAGGAUCAGACGCUAAAGGACAAGAUACAGAAACUUCAAAGUGACUUCCAGGACCUCUGCAGCAUAGGAAAGGAGCACGUCCUCAAUCUGGAAGCUAAAGUCCGAGACCACGAAGACUACAACAGUGAACUCCAAGAGGUAGAAAAGUGGCUGCUGCAGAUGUCCGGUCGCCUGGUGGCACCCGACCUUCUGGAGGCCAGCAGCCUGGAGACCAUUACCCAGCAGCUUGCCCAUCACAAGGCGAUGAUGGAAGAAAUAGCAGGCUUUGAAGACCGCCUGGAUGAUCUUAAAACCAAAGGCGACACUUUGAUCGCCCAGUGUCCAGACCACCUGCAAGCAAAGCAGAAACAGAGCGUGCAAGCACACCUGCAGGGCACGAAGGACAGCUACUCAGCCAUCUGCAGCACAGCACAGAGGGUGUACCGCAGUUUGGAAUAUGAACUUCAGAAGCAUGUGAGCCGGCAAGACACCCUGCAGCAGUGCCAGGCAUGGCUCUCUGCAGUCCAGCCAGACCUGAAGCCCAGCCCGCAGCCACCUCUGAGCAGGGCAGAAGCUGUCAAGCAGGUCAAACACUUCAGAGCUCUGCAAGAGCAGGCAAGGACAUACUUGGAUCUCCUCUGCUCCAUGUGUGACUUGUCAGACUCCUCAGUGAAAACCACCGCCAAAGACAUCCAGCAAACAGAACAGCUGAUUGAACAAAGGCUGGUCCACGCCCAGAACAUGACUCAGGGCUGGGAAGAGAUCAAGCACCUGAAGGCUGAGCUCUGGAUUUACCUGCAGGAUGCUGACCAACAGCUGCAGAACAUGAAGAGGAGGCACGCAGAGCUGGAGCUGAAUAUCGCCCAGAACAUGGUCUCUCAAGUCAAGGAUUUUGCUACUCAGCUGCAGAGCAAACAGGCCUCCAUCAGCACCAUCAUAGAGAAGGUGAACUCACUGACAAAGAGCCAGGAGUCUCCUGAACACAAGGAAAUCAGUCACCUGAAUGACCAGUGGCAAGACCUUUGCCUGCAGGCUGGCCAGCUGUGUGCACAGAGGGAACAGGACCUUCAGAGAAGCAGCCAUUACCACGACCACAUGGAGAUUGUUGAAGCCUUUCUUGAAAAGUUUACUACAGAAUGGGAUAACCUGGCCAGAUCCAACGCAGAAAGCACAGCUGUCCACUUGGAGGCAUUGAAGAAGUUAGCCUUGGCCUUGCAGGAGAAGAAGAAUGCCAUUGAAGACCUGAAAGACCACAAGCAGAAACUGAUAGAGCACCUGAGUCUGGAUGACAAAGAGUUGGUCAAAGAGCAGACCAGUCACUUGGAGCGACGCUGGUUUCAGCUCGAGGACCUUGUCAAAAGGAAAAUCCAGGUGUCCGUCACCAACUUGGAGGAAUUAAAUGUCGUCCAAUCCAGAUUCCAGGAGCUGAUGGAGUGGGCAGAAGAGCAACAACCCAACAUCGUGGAGGCCUUGAAGCAGAGCCCACCUCCCGACAUGGCUCAGAACCUCCUCAUGGACCACCUGGCCAUCUGCAGUGAGCUGGAGGCCAAGCAGAUGCUCCUGAAGUCCCUGAUGAAGGAUGCAGAUCGUGUGAUGGCUGACCUUGGCCUCAAUGAACGAAAGGUGAUCCAGAAGGCACUCUCGGAUGCCCAGAAGCACGUGAACUGUCUCAGCGACUUAGUGGGCCAGCGAAGGAAGUACUUGAACAAGGCUCUGUCUGAGAAAACCCAGUUCCUCAUGGCAGUCUUUCAGGCCACCAGCCAAAUCCAACAACACGAGCGAAAGAUCAUGUUCCGGGAAUAUAUCUGCCUACUUCCAGACGAUGUGAGCAAGCAGAUCAAAACAUGUAAGACUGCCCAAGCCAGUCUUAAGACUUACCAAAAUGAGGUCACCGGACUUUGGGCACAGGGUCGCGAAUUGAUGAAAGGAAUAAUAGAGCAAGAAAGGCCGGAAGUGCUGGGGAAGCUUCAGGAGUUGCAGAGUGUCUAUGACACCGUUUUGCAAAAAUGUAGUCACCGCUUGCAGGAGCUGGAGAAGAGCCUCGUUUCUAGAAAGCAUUUUAAAGAAGAUUUUGAUAAAGCCUGCCAUUGGCUUAAACAAGCAGACAUUAUCACAUUUCCUGAAAUCAAUCUCAUGAAUGAGAGGGUUGAACUCCAUGCACAAUUGGACAAAUACCAGAACAUUCUAGAACAAUCUCCAGAGUACGAGAACCUUCUGCUCACACUGCAGAGGACUGGGCAGGCCAUGCUGCCAUCACUAAAUGAAGUUGACCAUUCCUACCUCAGUGAAAAACUCAGUGCUCUGCCCCAACAAUUCAAUGUCAUUGUCGCCUUGGCUAAGGACAAGUUCUAUAAAAUCCAGGAAGCAAUUCUGGCCCGAAAGGAAUAUGCUUCUUUGAUAGACUUGACAACCCAGUCUCUGGGUGAACUGGAAGACCAAUUCCUGAAGAUGAGAAAAAUGCCCUCAGACCUGAUCGUUGAAGAGAGUGUGUCCCUUCACGAGAGCUGCAAAGCCCUUCUGGGUGAGGUAGUGGGCCUUGGGGAAGCCGUGAAUGAACUGAACCAGAAGAAAGAAAGUUUUCGCAGCACGGGGCAGCCUUGGCAGCCGGAGAAGAUGCUACAGCUGGCCGCCCUGUAUCACAGGCUGAAGCGACAAGCAGAGCAAAGGGUCGGUUUCUUAGAAGACACCACCAGUGCUUACAAAGAACAUGCAAGGAUGUGCCAACAGCUAGAGAGUCAACUGGAAGUCGUGAAAACAGAGCAGGCCAAAGUGAACGAGGAAACGCUGCCGGCGGAGGAGAAGCUCAAGGUAUACCACUCGCUGGCGGGAAGUCUGCAGGACUCGGGGAUUCUGCUUAAAAGAGUGGCUGUCCACCUCGAAGAUCUUACUCCACACCUCGACCCCUCGGCUUAUGAGAAAGCCAAGGGUCAGGUCCAGUCCUGGCAGGAGGAGCUGAAACAGUUGACAUCCGGCAUCGGGGAGAUGGUGACAGAGUGCGAGAGCAGAAUGGUACAGAGCAUAGACUUCCAGACGGAAAUGAGCCGUUCCCUGGACUGGCUUCGGAGGGUGAAGGCGGAGCUCAGUGGGCCAGUGUGCCUGGACCUCAGCCUCCAGGACAUCCAGGAGGAGAUCCGAAAGAUCCAGAUCCACCAGGAGGAAGUGCUGUCUAGCCUGAGGAUCAUGAGUGCCUUGAGUCACAAAGAGCAGGAGAAGUUCGCCAAAGUCAAGGAGCUGAUUUCUGCAGACCUGGAGCACACCUUGGCUGAGCUCAAGGAGCUGGACGGGGAUGUGCAGGAAGCCCUGCGCACCCAGCAGGCAACCUUGACAGAAAUAUACAGCCACUGUCAAAGGUACUAUCAAGUGUUCCAGACAGCCAGUGACUGGCUGGAGGAUGCUCAAGAAAUGCUACAGCUGGCAGGCAAUGGCCUAGAUGUGGAGAGCGCUGAGGAGAAUCUCAAAAGUCACGUGGAAUUUUUCAAGACAGAGGACCAGUUCCACAGCCACAUAGAGGAGCUCCAAGGCCUUGUGACCAAGCUGGAUCCACUCAUCAAGCCAAAUGGGAAGGAAGAGCUAGCACAGAAGAUGGCUUCCCUGGAACAGAGGAGCCAGAGGGUCUUCCAGGACGCCCAUGCCCAGCGGGACCUCCUGCAGAGAUGUACAGUUCAAUGGCAGGAGUACCAGAAAGCAAGGGAAGAGGUUAUCGAGUUGAUGAAUGAUGGGGAAAAGAAGCUGUCUGAGUUUUCAUUGCUGAAGACUUCCUCAGGCCAGGAAGCUGAAGAGAAGCUGUCAAAGCACAAGGCUGUAGUGUCUGUAGUUGACUCUUUGCAUGAGAAAAUUGUGGCCCUGGAGGAAAAAGCAUCACACCUAGAGAAAACCGGAAACGAUGCGAGCAAAGCCACCCUAAGCAGGUCGAUGACCACUGUCUGGCAGCGCUGGACGCGUCUCCGUGCUGUGGCCCAGGACCAGGAGAAGAUCCUGCAGGAUGCCAUAGAUGAGUGGAAGGGCUUGAGCAAUAAGAUGAAAGAAACCACUGAAAUGAUUGCACAACUGCAAGGUAAAUUACCUGAAAGCACAAUAGAAAAGGCCUCCAAAGCAGAGCUCGUGGCCCUCCUUGAAUGCCACGAUACGUGCUCGCUGGAGCUGGAGCAGCAGCAGCUGGCCCUGGGCGUGUUACAGCAGCGAGCGCUGAGCAUGCUACAAGAUGGGGCCCUCCCCGGAGCCGCUGCAGAAGAGGCGCCCGUUCUGCGGGAAAUCUCUGCAAUGCAAGAUCAAUGUCUCAGCAUGCAAGACAAAGUGAAGAGUCACAGCAAACUGGUGAAGCAGGAGCUACAGGAACGGGGAGCGGUCGAGACUCAAAUCAAUGCUGUGAAGUCUUGGGUUCAAGAAACCAAGGACUAUCUGGGAAACCCAACGAUAGAGAUAGACACGCAACUAGAAGAACUGAAGACCCUCCUGACAGAAGCCACCAGCCACCGAGAGAGCAUUGAGAAAAUUGCAGAAGAACAGAAGGAUAAGUACUUGGGUCUUUACACUAUAUUGCCACCUGAAAUCUCCCUCCAGCUAGCUGAAGUUGCAUUGGACCUAAAGAUCCAUGACCAGAUCCAAGAGAAGGUACAGGAAAUUGAGCAGGGCAAGGCCAUGAGCCAGGAGUUCGGCCGCCAGAUCCAGAAGGUGGCCAAAGAUCUCACCACCAUCCUAACGAAGCUGAAAGCCAAAACCGACAAUCUAGUUCAAGCUAAGACUGACCAGAAGAUACUGGCAGAAGAAUUAGAUGGCUGUAAUUCAAAGCUCAUGGAAUUAGAUGCUGCUGUACAGACAUUCUCGGAACAGCAUGGGCAGCUGGGUAAGCCAUUGGCCAAGAAGAUAGGAAAGCUGAUGGAACUCCACCAGCAAACCAUCAGGCAGGCUGAGAGCCGGCUAUCCAAACUCAACCAGGCGUCCUCACACUUAGAAGAAUACAGUGAAAUGCUGGAGUCCAUUCUGAAGUGGAUCGAGAAAGCUAAAGUCUUGGCGCAUGGAAACAUUGCAUGGAAUUCUGCAAGCCAGCUCCGAGAACAGUACAUCUUGCACCAGACGCUGCUAGCAGAGUCUGAAGAAAUCGACAGUGACCUGGAAGCGAUGGCUGAGAAAGUGCAGCAUCUGGCCCACGUGUACAACACAGAGAAAAUGUCCCAGCAAGUGACACAGUUAGGACGGGAGACUGAGGAGUUAAGGCAGGUGAUCCGAGCUCGUUUGCAGAGUCUCCAAGAUGCAGCCAAGGAUAUGAAAAAGUUUGAAGGAGAGCUGAGAAAUUUGCAGGCUGCUUUGGAACAAGCCCAAGCCAUCCUGACUUCCCCAGAAGUAGGGCGCCUUAGUCUCAAGGAGCAACUGUCCCACCGACAGCAUCUGCUGUUUGAGAUGGAGUCACUGAAGCCCAAGGUGCAAGCUGUGCAGCUCUGCCAGAGCGCUCUCCGGAUCCCCGAGGAUGUGGUCGCCAGCUUGCCCCUGUGCCACGCUGCCCUGCGGCUGCAGGAGGAAGCCAGUCAACUGCAGCACACAGCCAUCCAGCAGUACAACAUCAUGCAGGAGGCAGUGGUGCAGUAUGAGCAGUACGAACAGGAAAUGAAGCAUCUCCAGCAGCUGAUAGAAGCGGCUCACAGAGAGAUUGAGGACAAGCCCGUGGCCACGAGUAACAUCCAGGAGCUACAGGCUCAGAUUUCUCGGCACGAGGAGCUGGCGCAGAAAAUCAAGGGCUACCAGGAGCAGAUCGCCUCUUUGAAUUCCAAAUGCAAGAUGCUGACGAUGAAAGCCAAGCACGCCACCAUGCUGCUGACUGUGACCGAGGUCGAGGGGCUGGCGGAAGGGACUGAGGACCUGGACCGUGAGCUCCUCCCCACGCCUUCGGCCCACCCCUCGGUGGUUAUGAUGACUGCGGGUCGCUGUCACACUUUGCUGUCACCCGUCACGGAAGAGUCUGGGGAGGAGGGAACCAACAGUGAGAUUUCCUCCCCACCUGCCUGCCGCUCUCCAUCACCUGUGGCUAACACAGAGGCGUCUGUUAACCAGGACAUUGCAUACUACCAAGCCCUGUUGGCCGAGAGGCUGCAGACAGAUGCCGCAAGGAUUCCCCCCAGUGCCACCGCAUCCCAAGAACUGUGUGAGGCAGGACUCGAGCCUUCAGCGACUGCCAGGCUGGGUGACUUACAGCGUUCCUGGGAAACCUUAAAAAAUGUGAUCAGUGAGAAACAGCGGACUCUCUACGAAGCUUUGGAACGCCAGCAGAAGUACCAAGACUCCCUCCAGUCCGUUUCCACCAAAAUGGAGGCCAUGGAGACAAAGCUGAGUGAGGGCCUCCAGCCCGGCCGGAGCCCAGAAAGCCAGAUGGCUGAGCAUCAGCCUUCCCCACAGGCCCUGAUGGACGAGGUGCAGAUGCUCCAGGACGAGAUCAACGGGCUCCAGGCGUCCCUGGCAGAGGAGCUGGCAGCCGCAUCCCGGGAGUCGGACCCUGUAGAGCAGCUGGCCCUGCAGUCCACGCUCACCGUCUUGGCCGAGCGCAUGUCCACCAUCAGAAUGAAAGCGGCUGGCAAGAAGCAGCUUCUGGAGGAGAAGCUAAAUGACCAGCUGGAAGAGCAGAGACAGGAGCAGGCCCUGCAGAGGUACCGCUGUGAGGCGGAUGAACUGGACCACUGGCUGCUGAACACCAAGGCCACCCUGGACGUUGCACUUGGUACACCCCAGGAGCCCAUGGACAUGGACGCUCAGCUGGUAGACUGCCAGAACAUGCUGGUGGAAAUAGAAGAGAAAGUGGUGGCCCUGUCGCAGCUGUCCGUGCACAAUGAGAACCUCUUGUUGGAGGGCAAGGCUCAUACGAAGGACGAGGCUGAGCAGCUGGCAGGGAAGCUGAGGCUGCUCAAAGGGAGUCUCUUGGAGCUGCAGAGAGCCCUGCACGACAGACAGCUCAGCAUGCAGCAGGGAGCCACACAAGAGAAAGAAGAGAGCGAUGCUGACCUCACAGCUACUCAGAGCCCUGGAGUACAGGAAUGGCUGGCCCAAGCCCGUACCACACGAACCCAUCAGCGGCAAAGCAGCCUCCAGCAACAGAAAGAGUUCGAGCAGGAGCUAGCUGAGCAGAAGAGCCUCCUCCGCUCAGUCGCUAGCCGUGGAGAGGAGAUUCUGACCCAGAGUUCUGCCGUGGACAGCUCAGAAGGCCUUGGUGAAAAACCUGCUGUGUUAUCCCAGGAGUUGGGGAUGGAAGGGACAAAAUCAUUUGCUGAAGACCAGAUGAGAAUGAAAUGGGAAAGUCUGCAUCAAGAAUUUAGCACCAAGCAGAAACUGCUACAGAACGUUCUGGAACAGGAACAAGAGCAAGUGCUUUACAGCAGCCCCAACAGACUCCUGGCCGGGGCACCACUGUACAGAGGAGAAGCACAGACUCAAGAUAAGUCUUCAGUAACGUCCUUUCUGGAUGGACUGAACCAGGCCUUCGAGGAGGCGUCAUCACAGGGAGGGGGAACAAAAACGCAGAAUAUCCACUUGGAGCAGAAACUGUACGAUGGCGUGUCUGCCACUUCAACCUGGUUGGAUGACGUUGAAGAGCGUUUGUUUGUGACGACAACACUUUUGCCAGAAGAAACGGAAGCUUGUCUUAUCCACCAGGAGGCGCUUGCCAAGGACAUUAAGGAAAUGUCUGAAGAAAUGGAUAAGAACAAGAACUUGUUUUCCCAAGCAUUCCCAGAAGACGGUGACAACCGCGAUGUCAUUGAAGAUACUCUGGGCUGUCUUUUGGGCAGACUAUCCUUGCUGGAUUCAGUUGUGGAUCAGCGAUGCCAUCAGAUGAAGGAACGCCUCCAGCAAAUCCUCAACUUCCAGAAUGACCUGAAGGUGCUGUUCACAUCAUUAGCUGACAACAAAUACAUCAUUCUGCAGAAACUGGCAAAUGUGUUCGAACAGCCCAUUGUGGAACAGAUACAGGCCAUACAACAGGCUGAAGAGGGACUGAAGGAACUGGACGGCGGAAUUGCUGAGUUGAAGCGGCGUGGUGAUAAGUUGCAGGUGGAGCAGCCUACCCUGCAAGAACUCUCCAAUCUCCAGGACAUGUACGAUGAGCUGUUGGUGACCAUCAGUUCCCGGAGGAGCAGCCUCAACCAGAACCUUGCACUCAAGAGUCAGUAUGAUAGGGCCUUGCAAGAUCUGGCAGACCUGCUGGACACGGGGCAAGAGAAGAUGGCAGGGGACCACAAAAUCACUGUGUCCUCCAAAGAAGAAAUUCAACAGCUGCUAGACAAGCACAAGGAAUACUUCCAGAGUCUGGAAUCUCAUAUGAUUUUGACUGAAACACUCUUCAGAAAGAUCAGCAGCUUUGCCGUUGGGAAGGAAACUCAGCUGCACACGGACCGCAUGGUUCAGGCGUCUGCUGUGCUGAGACAGGCUCACAAGAGAGGCGUGGAGCUUGAGUACAUCCUAGAGAUGUGGUCCCAUCUGGAUGAGAUGCUCCAGGAGCUCAGCAGACAGCUGGAGGUGGUUGAGAGCAGCAUUCCGAGCGUGGGCCUGGUGGAGGAGAGCGAGGACAGACUUGUGGAAAGGAUGAAUCUCUACCAGCAUUUAAAAUCCAGCCUUAAUGAAGACCAGCCCAAACUGUAUCAAGUGUUAGAUGACGGGAAGCGACUUUUGAUGUCUGCCAGCUGCUCAGAUCUGGAAAGUCAACUCAAUCAACUCGGAGAGCGCUGGCUAAAUAAUACCAACAGAGUGUCCAAGGAACUUCACAGACUGGAGACCAUACUGAAACACUGGACCAGGUAUCAAAGUGAAUCUGCGGACCUGACUCACUGGCUACAGUCUGCAAAGGACAGGCUGGCAUUUUGGACUCAGCAAUCUGUGACGGUCCCACAAGAACUGGAAAUGGUCCGGGAUCAUCUCAAUGCUUUCCUGGAGUUCUCUAAGGAGGUAGAUGCCAAGUCUUCCCUGAAAUCAUCAGUCAUGAGCACAGGGAAUCAACUUCUUCGAUUAAAGAAAGUGGAUACAGCCGCCCUGCGUGCUGAGCUGUCCCGCAUGGACAGCCAGUGGACUGACCUGCUGACAAGCAUCCCCGUUGUGCAGGAGAAGCUCCACCAGCUCCAGAUGGACAAACUCCCUUCCCGCCAUGCCAUUUCUGAGGUCAUGAGCUGGAUUGCACUCAUGGAAAGUGUAAUACAGAAGGAUGAAGAGGACAUAAAAAAUGCAGUGGGUUACAAGGCAAUCCACGACUACCUGCAGAAAUAUAAGGGUUUCAAGAUAGACCUGAACUGUAAGCAGCUGACGGCGGACUUUGUGAACCAGUCGGUGCUACAGAUCAGCAGCCAGGAUGUGGAGAGCAAACGCAGUGAUAAGACCGAUUUUGCCGAGCAGCUUGGAGCCAUGAACAAAAGUUGGCAGCUCUUGCAAGGUCGAGUGGGUGAGAAGAUCCAGCUGCUGGAAGGCUUGUUGGAGUCUUGGUCAGAGUAUGAAAAUAGCGUACAGUCUCUGAAAGCUUGGUUUGAAACCCAGGAGAAGAAGCUGAAACAGCAACAGCAAAUUGGUGAUCAGACUUCUGUUCAGAAUGCCCUGAAGGACUGCCAGGAACUGGAAGAUUUGAUUAAAGCAAAAGAGAAGGAAGUAGAGAAAAUUGAGCAGAGUGGACUUGCAUUGAUUCAGAACAAGAAGGAGGAGGUCUCUGGCAGUGUUAUGAGCACCCUGCGGGAACUCAGCCAGACCUGGGCUGGUUUAGACCACUUGGUUGGAGAGUUAAAGAUGCAGCUGACGUCAGUGCUUGCCCAGUGGGGCCACCACAAAGCAGCCUUGGAUGAGAUCAACAGUCAUAUCAUGGAGGCUAGAUACUCUCUGUCCCGAUUCCGACUGCUGACUGGUUCCUCUGAAGCUGUUCAAGUUCAGGUCGACAAUCUUCAGAAUCUUCACGACAGCCUGGAAAAGCAGGAAGAGGACUUGCAGAAAUUCAGCUCCAUUACCAACCAGCUGUUGAAGGAGUGUCACCCACCCGUGACAGAGACCCUCUCCAGUACCCUGCAAGAAGUCAAUAUGAGAUGGAAUAACUUACUGGAAGAGAUUGCCGAACAGCUCCACGCCAGCAAGGCGCUCCUUCUGCUCUGGCAGAGAUACAAGGACUACACGAAGCAGUGUACCUCCGCAGUCCAGCAACAAGAGGAUCAAACCAGCGCACUGUUGAAGGCAGUCACUAACAAGGACAUCGCCGAUGACGAAGUCACCAAGUGGAUUCAGGAUUGCAACGACCUUCUCAAGGGACUGGGAGCAGUCAAGGACUCGCUUUUCGUCCUCCGUGAGCUAGGAGAACAGCUGGGGCAACAGGUGGAUGCUUCAGCAGCUGCAGCCAUUCAGUGCGAGCAGCUCUGCUUCAGCCAGCGCCUGAGCGCCCUGGAGCAGGCACUUUGCAGGCAGCAAGCAGUGUUGCAGGCUGGAGUCAUUGACUAUGAGACAUUUGCCCAGAGCUUAGAGGCCCUGGAGGUGUGGAUCGCGGAAGCCGAGGACAUCCUCCAGGCGCAGGAUCCCACUCACUCGUCCGACCUCUCCACCAUCCAGGACAGAAUGGAAGAACUGAAGGGACAGAUGCUAAGGUUUAGCAGCAUGGCUCCAGAUUUAGACCGUCUCAAUGAGUUGGGGUACCGGUUACCCUUGAAUGACAAGGAGAUCAAGAGGAUGCAGACCCUGAACCGCCAGUGGUCUCUGAUGUCUUCUCAGACCACAGAAAGAUUCAGCAAGCUGCAGUCAUUCUUGCUUCAACAUCAGACUUUCUUGGAAAAAUGUGAGACAUGGAUGGAGUUCCUGGUUCAGACAGAGCAAAAGUUAGCAGUGGAGAUUUCAGGCAAUUAUCAGCAUCUCUUGGAGCAGCAGAGGGCACAUGAGCUGUUUCAAGCCGAGAUGCUCAGUCGCCAGCAGAUCCUGCACGCCAUCAUUGUUGAUGGGCAGCAUCUUCUAGAACAAGGUCAAGUUGAUGACAGGGAUGAGUUCAGCCUGAAGUUGACACUCCUCAGUAAUCAGUGGCAGGGAGUGAUUCGCAGGGCCCAGCAGAGGCGGGGAAUCAUCGACAGCCAGAUUCGCCAGUGGCAACGUUACAGGGAGAUGGCAGAGAAACUCCGCAAAUGGUUGGUAGAAGUGGCCCAUCUGCCCUUGAGCGGUCUUGGAAGCAUCCCAGUCCCACUGCAGCAAGUGAGGACCCUCUUUGAUGAAGUGCAGUUCAAAGAGAAGGUGUUCCUGCGCCAGCAAGGCAGCUACAUCCUGACGGUGGAGGCCGGCAAGCAGCUCCUGCUCUCGGCCGACAGUGGCGCCGAGGCCGCCUUGCAGGCUGAACUCACAGAGAUCCAAGAGCAAUGGAAGUCAGCCAGCAUGCACCUGGAGGAGCAGAAGAAAAAGCUGGCUUUCCUGUUGAACGACUGGGAAAAGUGUGAGAAAGGAAUAGCCGACUCUCUGGAGAAGCUCCGAACCUUCAAGAAGAAGUUGGCCCAGCCUCUGCCGGAUCACCAUGAUGAACUCCACACGGAGCAGAUGCGCUGUAAGGAAUUGGAAACCGCAGUAGGGAGGUGGACAGAUGACCUGGCAGAACUGACGCUGCUGAGGGAUGCCCUGGCUGUCUACAUCAGUGCCGAGGACAUCGCCAUCCUGAAUGAGCGCGUGGAGCUUCUGCAAAGGCAGUGGGAGGAGCUAUGUCACCAGGUCUCCUUAAGACGACAGCAAGUGAGCGAGCGACUGAACGAGUGGGCCGUCUUCAGUGAGAAGAACAAAGAGCUCUGUGAGUGGCUGACCCAGAUGGAGGGCAAGGUCUCCCAGAAUGGAGACAUCCUCAUUGAAGAGAUGAUAGAGAAACUCAAGAAGGAUUAUCAAGAGGAAAUUGCUGUUGCCCAAGAGAACAAAAUCCAGCUCCAGCAAAUGGGAGAAAGGCUUGCUAAAGCCAGCCACGAAAGCAAAGCCUCUGAGAUCCAGUACAAGCUCAGCAAAGUGAACGACAGGUGGCAGCAUCUCCUGGACCUCAUCGCGGCCAGGGUGAAGAAGCUCAAGGAGACCCUGGUGGCCGUGCAGCAGCUGGAUAAGAACAUGGGCAAUCUGAGGACCUGGCUGGCCCACAUUGAGUCAGAGCUGGCCCAGCCCAUUGUCUAUGAAUCCUGUAACUCUGAGGAAAUACAGAGGAAGCUGAGUGAGCAGCAGGAGCUUCAGAGAGACAUCGAGAAACACAGCACGGGUGUCGCCUCCGUCCUCAACUUGUGUGAGGUCCUCCUGCACGACUGUGAUGCCUGUGCCACCGAGGCCGAGUGUGACUCCAUCCAGCAGGCCACUCGGAACCUGGACCGGCGGUGGAGGAACAUCUGUGCCAUGUCCAUGGAAAGGAGACUCAAAAUUGAAGAGACAUGGCGGCUGUGGCAGAAGUUUCUGGAUGACUAUUCUCGUUUUGAAGACUGGCUGAAGAUUUCGGAAAGGACGGCUGCGUUCCCCAGCUCUUCUGGGGUGCUCUAUACCGUUGCCAAGGAAGAGCUGAAGAAGUUUGAGGCAUUCCAGCGGCAAGUCCACGAGAGCCUGACCCAGCUAGAGCUGAUCAACAAGCAGUACCGCCGCCUGGCCAGAGAGAAUCGCACCGACUCUGCGUGCAGCCUCAAGCAGAUGGUUCAUGGGGGCAACCAGCGAUGGGAUGACCUGCAGAAGCGUGUCACCUCCAUCCUGCGCAGACUCAAGCAUUUUAUUAGCCAGCGGGAGGAGUUUGAGACUGCACGGGACAGCAUUCUUGUCUGGUUGACAGAGAUGGAUCUACAGCUCACCAAUAUUGAACAUUUUUCUGAAUGUGAUGUUCAAGCUAAAAUAAAGCAACUUAAGGCCUUCCAGCAGGAGAUCUCUCUGAACCACAAUAAGAUCGAGCAGAUCAUUGGCCAGGGGGAGCAGCUGAUAGAGAAGAGCGAGCCCCUGGAUGCAGCUGUCAUCGAGGAGGAGCUGGAUGAACUCCGACGCUAUUGCCAGGAGGUCUUCGGACGUGUGGAAAGAUACCACAAAAAACUGAUCCGCCUGCCUCUACCGGAUGAUGACCAUGACCUCUCAGAUCGAGAGCUAGAUCUCGAAGACUCCACGGCUCUUUCAGACCUACGCUGGCAGGACCCCUCUGCAGAUGGCGUGCCCUCCCCACAGCCUUCCUCCAACCCCUCCCUCUCCCUCCCUCAGCCCCUCCGGAGUGAGCGGUCAGGGCGAGACACCCCAGCCAGCGUGGACUCCAUCCCCCUGGAAUGGGACCAUGAUUAUGAUCUCAGUCGGGACCUGGAGUCAGCAUCGCGGACUCUGCCCUCAGAAGAUGAGGAGGGAGAGGAUGACAAGGAGUUCUACCUCAGGGGAGCAGUUGGCUUGUCAGAUGUAGUGAUCCCUGAGAACCCCGAGGCCUAUGUAAAACUCACAGAAAAUGCAAUCAGAAAUACCUCUGGGGAUCCCAGCUCACUGGAGUCACAGAUGAGGCAGCUAGACAAAGCCCUGGAUGACAGCCGCUUCCAGAUGCAACAAACAGCAAAUAUCCUCAGAAGCAAAACUCCCACAGGACCAGACCUGGACACCAGCUAUAAGGGCUAUAUGAAGCUUCUGGGUGAAUGCAGUGGCAGCAUAGAUUCCGUGAGGCGUCUAGAACACAAGCUGGCAGAGGAAGAGAGCGUCCCAGGCUUCGUUAACCUCAACAGCAAUGAGACGCAGACAGCCGGUGUGAUUGACCGCUGGGAGCUCCUCCAGGCCCAGGCACUGAGCAAGGAGUUGAGGAUGAAACAGAACCUUCAGAAAUGGCAGCAGUUCAAGUCAGACCUCGAUAACAUCUGGGCCUGGCUAGGGGAGACCGAGGAGGAACUGGACCAACUCCAGCAUUUGGCACUCAGCACCGACAUCCACACCAUUGAGAGUCACAUCAAGAAGCUCAAGGAGCUCCAGAAAGCCGUGGACCACCGCAAAGCCAUCAUCCUCUCCAUCAACCUCUGCAGCUCAGAGUUCACCCAGGGGGACAGUAAGGAGAGCCACGACUUGCAGGACCGCUUAUCCCAGAUGAACGGGAGAUGGGACCGAGUGUGCUCUCUGCUGGAGGACUGGCGGAAGCUGCUUCAGGGAGCACUGAUGCAGUGCCAGGAGUUCCACGAAAUGAGCCAUGCUUUGCUUCUAUUGCUGGAAAACAUCGACAGAAGGAAAAAUGAAAUUAUCCCAGUUGAUUCUACUCUUGACCCAGAGACACUUCAGGACCAUCACAAGCAACUCGUGCAAAUAAAGCAGGAGCUGCAGAAAUCCCAGUUGAGAGUGGCCUCUCUGCAAGACAUGUCUCGCCAGCUCUUAGUGAAUGCCGAGGGUUCAGAUUGUCUAGAGGCCAAAGAAAAAGUCCAUGUCAUUGGAAACCGACUCAAACUUCUCUUGAAGGAAGUCACCCAUCACAUCAAGGAUCUGGAGAAGUUAUUGGACAUGGCAAGCAGUCAGCAGGAUUUGUCUUCCUGGUCUUCUGCAGAUGAGCUGGACACCUCAGGAUCCAUGAGUCCUACAUCGGGCAGAAGUACCCCAAACAGACAGAAAUCGCCACGAGGCAAAUGUAGUCACUCACAGCCUGGACCCUCUGUCAGCAGCCCAAAGAGCAGGUCCACAAAAGGUGGCUGCGAUUCCUCCCUUUCUGAACCCAGGCCAGCGCGGGUGGGCCGAUCCUUCCUGUUCCGGGUCCUCAGGGCUGCUCUACCCCUUCAGCUGCUCCUGCUGUUCCUUAUCGGACUCGCCUGCCUCGUACCCAUGUCCGAGGAAGACUACAGCUGUGCCCUCUCCAACAACUUCGCCCGAUCAUUCCAUCCCAUGCUCAGAUACACCAAUGGUCCUCCUCCACUCUGAAACAGGACAUCCUCUGCACAAGUGCUGGAGGACGGAUGGGCCCAAAGCAACCCCAGGCUAUCAGAGAGUUUGAACUUAGCAGAGGGCCUCUCAUGGCAGCUUCGGCUCUCCUCCAUACCCUGUGUGUGAAAAAUCAAACCUUUGGACAUGGACAGUAAACAAGAAGAGACAAAUGGGAUUGGGAAAGUGUCAUUUGACACUCUGAGCCUUAACACUAAAUAAAUUAAGUUAAGGACGUACAGCGUUCCCUUGACCCUUGAAGUCCAGGCCUUUGGCAUAGCCAAUGGCUCCGAUGGGCCAUCUGGGCAGCUUUCCUAUGGUGCUGCUCCAUUAACCCAAAUUCACCCUCCCGGGCACCAUGUCAAUAUCGUACAAUCUACCUAGAACCUCCUCAUAUACGAUUUUUAGGGUCACCUAUGGCAGCUUCCUCUCUACCUUGGUUUCUUAGGGGCAUGAUGUUUUAUCGUUGCUUUAGAGCACAAGCUGUAAAUCUGAAAGGCACUUUUUAAAAAAUAAAAGGUAUAAAGAAAACCUGGAUGUAAUAAAUAAGAUUUAUGAAAAGCUUUAUGUGAAGAAAAUUGAAUGUUAUAGUAUAAAAAAGAUAUUUAUGUAUGUACAGUUUGCUACAGCCAAGUUUUGUUUGUUGAUUUCUUUGCAUUUAUUAUAGAUACUAUAAAGUA